AUGGAUAGNGGAAGGCUGGAGGAAGAUAAGGGUAAGGCAGGGGGAAGGAAUGUAGCGGAUAGUGGAUCAGAUAUCCAGAUAUGGUUUCUGGAUGAGGUAGUAAAAUAUCCAAAAAGUUUUGACCUUGAGGGAACCAAUUCAAACCCAUGGGGAGGUCAACUACCUGACCUUAGAGGAGGUCAACUACCUGACCUUAGAGGAGGUCAACUACCUGACCUUAGAGGAGGUCAACUACUUGAACUUAGAGGAGGUCAACUACCUGACCUUAGAGGAGGUCAACUACCUGACCUUAGAGGAAGUCAACUACCUGAACUUAGAGGAGGUCAACUACCUAACCUUAGAGGAGGUCAACUACCUGACCUUAGAGGAGGUCAACUACCUGACCUUACAGGAGGUCAACUACCUAAAGAAAGAAGUGAUGAUGAAGGGUCUCUAGAAAAGGCAAAGGUUGGAGUUGAGGAGAGGUGCGUGGAGAAGGUGGUUAUGGAAACCAGGAUGGAGUAUAAUGAGUCAGUUGAAUGCACUCAUAGUUAUGAUCAACGGUGCUACUCGUCUGUGUCUACAAUAUUCAGUCCUAUUCAGGAAGAAGAGUGUGAGGAGAACUAUAUAAAGGAUUGUUAUAUUGAAGUAGGAAAAGCUGCGCUAAAUGUCAGCUCUAAAAUCUGCAGAAAAGCUUUAGUUAAAGAUUGCGAAGAUACGAGUGAAAACACAAUUUGCUCUUCACAGUAUGAAGUAGAAUGCGAAACAAAUCUACGUGAACACCAGGUUAAGGAUGAUGUUGUUGACUGUAAAACAGAAAAUGAGGAAAAAUGUGAAGAAAUUAUUCAGGGAUAUUCUACCAUAUCACAUUGUCAACAGGUAUAA